AGAAACGCAGAGCGAAACAAAGAAAGAGAGAAAGAAGGUGCCUUUCCAUUAAGGAAGUAACUGAAUCCGGAAACCCUAGAGGGCGAGAAGGAGAUCUCAGUCAUCAAUGGAGGAAGUCAGAGAAGCGGUUGUUCCACAGCGACCCAAAGGUGGUGAUGAACUCAGAAGGAACAGGCGAGUUCUUCAGGACAUUGGCAAUCGCCCCAUCACUAGGAGUUUUCAUGCACAACUGAUAGCAAAGGCACAAGAAAAAGGAGUUAACAAUGCGAACCCUGUGGUGCUGCCGCUGCUUGAUGAUAAGGUAGCUCUCAAUCGAAAGCAGUUUCCGGCCAAGAAGGUAGUCCCAAGGAAGGAAAUUGAAAAGCCAAAAACUGAGGCCGUGGUUGUUAUAAGUUCUGAUGAAGAAGAAGAAAAGAAGGAACCUGUUAAUCGAUGCAAGCCAGAAGAAGUGAGGAAGGAAGUCAAGACUUUGACUUCAAUCCUCACAGCUCGAAGCAAGGCUAUGGCUGUUGGAGUGAACACCAAGCCGAAAGAAAAGAUUGUUGAAAUCGAUUCAGCUGAUGUCAACGAUGAAUUAGCAGUGGUUGAAUACAUUGAUGACUUGUACAAGUUCUACAAGCUCACCGAAAAUGAUAGCCGAGUUCAUGAUUACAUGGAGUCACAGCCAGACAUAAACUCGAAGAUGAGAUCAAUUCUCGUAGACUGGUUGGUAGAGGUUCACAAGAAAUUCGAGCUGAUGCCUGAAACCUUCUACCUGACUGUGAACAUACUUGAUCGGUACCUUUCGAUGAAGAUCGUUUCUAGGAGGGAACUUCAGCUAGUUGGCAUUAGUUCUAUGGUCAUAGCAUCCAAAUAUGAGGAAAUCUGGGCUCCACAGGUCAAUGACUUUGUUUGCUUGUCAGACUAUGCAUACACUGCCAAUCAGAUACUUCGCAUGGAGAAAGCAAUUCUGGGGAAGCUGGAGUGGUAUCUGACUGUUCCCACCCCUUAUGUCUUCCUGUCUCGAUACAUCAAAGCUUCUGUUUCGCCUGAUGUGAGAAUCCAGAACAUGGUUUUCUUUCUCGCUGAGCUCGGAAUCCUGCAUUAUCCGACCAUCAUUCUGUAUUCCCCAUCCCUGAUUGCUGCUGCAGCUGUCUAUGCUGCUCGUUUUACUCUGGAUAAGGUUCCUGCCUGGACUGAAACUCUGAAGCACCACACCGGCUACUCCGCAGAACAGUUAAGGGACUGUGCCAAGCUCUUAGUUGGCCUUCACUCGAAUGCUGCAGGAAGUAAAUUCCAAGCUGUUUUCCGCAAAUUCUCAAUGCCGGAAUAUGGUGCUGUUGCUCUUUUUGUUCCAGCCAAAAGUUUUCAUUCAUCAUCAUGAAGUGUCUGCUUCUGAGUCCAGUUUACUUUCUGUAGACAAUACAACCCAUAUGCUAGUUGAGGUGCUUUUGAGUCGGAUAGAAGAAGAUUAUCCAAACCGUGUAUUGUUCUACAAUACUAGUCUCUUUCAGUGUGUCGAUUUUGUGUAGUCGUGUGUGCAUAUCCUCUCCUCAGGUUUCGGAUUCUUCAUAGUUGUGUUGUUGCAACAAUAUAGACUAUAUAGCCA